AUGGCCCUCUCCAACCAGACAGAGGACAGCCCCCUGCUCUUCAUUCUGAGGGACAUCCCUGGACUGGGCUCCGCACAUCGCUGGCUGGUGAUCCCGCUGGGCUCCCUGUACCUCGUCUCCUUUGUGGGGAACGGCACCAUUCUGGGCCUGGUCUGGGCCGAGCGGGGCCUCCACGCGCCCAUGUACCUCUUCCUGUGCAUGCUGGCCCUGGCCGACCUGGGCCUUUCGGCCUCCACUCUCCCCUCCAUGCUGAGCGUCUUCCUGCUUCGCUCCAGAGUGGUGGCGGCUGAGGCCUGCUUCGCCCAGCUCUUCUCCAUCCAUACUUUCUCUGUCAUCGAGUCGGCUGUGCUCUUAGCGAUGGCCUUUGAUCGCUUUGUGGCCAUCUGGAACCCUCUGAGGUACACCUCCAUUUUGACCAGCUCUACGGUGACUAAGAUGGGGGCGGCCAUUGUUCUCCGAAGUGUCAGCCUCCACCUUCCUCUGCCCUUCAUGCUGAGGGAGCUCAGAUACGGCAAGGCCAAGGGACUUUCUCAUUCCUACUGUGUCCAUCCAGACGUCCUCAAGCUAGCCUGCGUGGACACACGCGUGAACAGCGCCUAUGGUCUUUUCGUGCUGCUCUCCACGCUCGGGCUGGACUUUCUCCUCAUCCUCCUUUCCUACGCCAUGAUCCUGAAGAUGGUGCUGAGCCUGGCUGCCUGGCGGGAGCGCCUCAAGGCCCUCAACACCUGCGUCUCCCACAUCUGUGCCGUCCUCCUCUUUUAUACCCCCCUGCUGAGCCUCUCCAUGAUCCACCGCUUUGGGAAGAAAAUGCCCCCGCAGGUCUACCUGCUUCUGUCCUACCUCCACUUCCUCCUACCCCCGGUGCUCAACCCAGUGAUCUACAGCGUGAAGACCAAGGAGAUCCGGCGACGACAGCGGCAGCAGCUCAAGCAGAGAAGGGUCUCUCCUGUCUCCUGGGAGCUGAACUGCAACUUUAAUGCAAAACUUACAAAAUGUAGAGUCACAAACCGUGUGGGGCAGCACUUGAACCCAAAAGCAACAGGUCAAACACGGAUGCAGCUGUCAGCUAAAAACAGGCAAGGGGGGGGGGAAGAGCCCCCCUUCCUUGCAGCUGGGGGCCCAAUUCAGGAAGAACCCAGAACUGCAGGAAGAGUGGGCUCAGCGAAAGUGCUGGAUCUGGCCCAGUGGAGGCAAACCCCAAAGGCAGGCGGGGAAGCUGUCGCUGCCUCCCCCACGGAACACAAGGUGCCCCCUCCCACACCCGCGAGAAAACAAACGGCAGCAAGGAGCAUGUCUCCUUGA